AACUCUCUUGGCUGGAAGCACGCAACCGCCGACAACAAUCUCAACAUCUCAUCACAACCAACCACAGCAACGACAGCAAAGGCAGCCAAGUCUUUUCCCAUAUACCCCCCAGACAACUCGGCCAGCCAAUCACCCACAACCACCAACAAAUGAGCACAGGCACAACUACUACUACGACCACAGCAACCACCAUGAUGGACUACUACGACAUCGCCAUGCGCGCCCCCGUCGCAGAGACCUGCUGCUCCGUCAACCCCUGGAAGGCCCGCCUCGCCCUCAACUUCAAGGCCGCCCCCUACAAAACCCACUGGGUCUCUCUCCCCGACAUCCCCAAGACACGCACAUCCCUCGGCGUGGCCCCCUGUCGCAAGCACGCCUCGGGCGCCGAGUACCCCACGCUGCCCGUCCUCAUCGACCACGCCACGGGCUCAAAGAUUGGCGACUCGUUCGAGAUCGCCGUCUACCUGCAGAAGCAAUACCCCACCUCCGGCGCCGGCAACCUCUUCCCCCAGGACGUGUCCGAGAUCGGCUACACCUACGGCCAGGAGCUGGCCCCCUGGAUGCCUCCGCUCUCCGAGCGCAACGAGGAGCCCGAGUAUGACGACUAUUCGCGCUUCAACCGCGAGGUCGACCUCGCCUUCACCACACACGUCGGCCUGAUGGGCUACUUCCUGCCCCUCGAGAACGAGGCCGCGAAAAAAGUGUUCCUCGACCGUGCCGGGUUGCAGUCGUGGGAGCAGAUCGGUGUGCACGGGGAGGUGAGGCAGGGCCUGCUGAACGGCUUCUGGGCCAUGCUGAACGACAUGGCGCGCAUCUUCAAGAGGAGGGACCAGGGGCCGUUCAUCCUGGGCGACCGGGCGACCUAUGCCGACUUGUGUCUCGGCGGGUGGUUGUUCAUGGCCAGCAGGACGCUGCCCAAGGAGGAGUGGGAGCAGGUCAUCACGGGGAACGACCGCGUGUAUGGCAGGCUGUUUGAAACCCUGGGGAAGUGGGCAGAGGUCAAAUAAGCGAGUUUGAAGCAGAAGCAGGAGCAUGGCGUUUUGGUCGGGUGACACACAAAAGUCUGGAAAUCAAAAUUCGAUGCAUUUAUUUGACAAGUUGCUUUUCCG